AGAGAAGAAGAUUGACAGGUACGCAUGCACAUCCCCUUCUCCUACUCCUACUCCUAGUCUCUUUCUCUCCCUCUCUGUAUCUCAAUGAAACAAAUUUCUCAUUUUUCUAAUCAAAGAUUUGAUUCUUAUUCCAGUGUCCUUGAUUAUAAACACACUCCCACUCUUCUUCUUCUACGUACAUUCUUCUUCAUCACAGUUCACAAAACAGCAAAAAAAAUGAGAGGAAUAAUAUCAUUAUCUCUCCCCUAUCUUCUUCUUCUAUACUUCUCCAUUACUACUCUCUGUUUCUCUUCAGUUUCAGAAACGGAAGUUCUUCUCAAUCUAAAAAAGACCUUAAUUGGUCCUGAUGGUUCUGGUCUUUCAGACUGGAAUUCAUCAUCAACUCAUUGUUCAUUUUCUGGCAUUACAUGUGAUUCAGACUCACGAGUAAUUUCACUUUACCUCGAACUGAUUCCUCUGUACGGCACUGUUUCUUCAGAAAUCGGUUUAUUAACCAACCUAGUAAACGUAACUCUAACUGGUAUUAAUAUAACAGGGUUACUUCCUGAAGAAAUCUCAAACUUGAAAUCUCUCAAAGUUCUCAACAUGUCUAAUAACAUGCUAGCAGGAAAAUUUCCAGAAAAAGUUGCAGGGGAGUUACCAGAGUUAGAGAUUCUUGAUUUUUACAACAACAAUUUCAGUGGGUCUUUGCCUAAUGAACUGAUUAAGCUUAAGAAACUCAAACAUGUUCAUAUGGGUGGGAAUUACUUUACUGGUGAAAUUCCAUAUAUUUAUUCAGAAAUUGAGAGUUUAGAGUAUUUGGGUCUAAAUGGAAAUAGUCAUUCUGGUAAAAUUCCUACUAGUCUUACUGAAUUACCAAAUCUUCAAGAACUAUAUUUGGGUUACUACAAUAAUUAUGAUGGUGGGAUUCCAGAGGAAUUUGGAUCAUUUAAGAAAUUGAAAAGAUUGGAUUUAUCUAGUUGUGGUCUUUAUGGUGAAAUACCAAAGAGUCUCGGAAAUUUGAAGGAUUUGGAUUCAUUGUUCUUACAGUUCAACAACUUAUCAGGUAAAAUUCCUGCUGAAAUAUCUAAUAUGACUCAUAUGGGUUCACUUGAUUUGUCUAAUAAUAAUUUAAUCGGUGAGAUUCCUCAAGAUUUUAUCAAGUUUCAAGAAAUCACCUUGUUGAAUUUAUUUCGUAACCAUUUUCAUGGUGAAAUUCCAUCCUUCAUUGGUGAUUUACCAAAUCUUCAAGUACUUCAACUCUGGGAGAACAAUUUCACUCUUGGGCUUCCUGAGAAUCUAGGAAGGAAUGGAAAAUUGAGAGUAUUAGAUUUGACUGAUAAUCAUCUCACUGGUUUAAUUCCUCAAAACCUCUGUUUUGGUGGGAAAUUAGAGACUUUGAUUCUAAUGACGAAUUUCUUCAUUGGACCGAUUCCUGAGAAACUCGGUGAGUGUAAAUCAUUAACUCGUGUUCGUCUUUCCAAGAAUUUCUUAAACGGAACGAUUCCACCUGGUUUGUUUAAUCUUCCAUCAGCUAAUUUACUUGAACUCAAUGAUAAUUUCUUCUCCGGUGGUCUUCCUUCCGAAAUGAAUAGUCCGAAAUUAGAAUCUCUGCUUUUAUCGAACAAUGAAAUUUCUGGUAAAAUUCCUUCUGAAGUCGGUAACUUAAAUAAUUUACAGAGUUUGUUUCUUCAAGUAAAUCAUUUUUCUGGUGAAAUUCCUUCUGAGAUUGGAAAACUGAAGAACUUAUCAAAGAUUAAUAUCAGUAGCAAUAACAUUACAGGAGAAAUUCCUGUAACGUUUGUGGCAAAUUCUUCUUUAGUUUCUAUUGAUUUUAGUAGUAACAGUCUUACUGGUGAAAUUCCCAAAGAAAUUACAAGUUUGUCAAUACUGAGUACUCUGAAUUUAUCAAGAAAUCAACUAUCUGGUUCAAUUCCUAAAGAAAUGAGAGCAAUGGUCAGUUUAACCAAGUUAGAUCUUUCGUUUAAUCAGCUUUCGGGUUUGAUUCCGGUGGGCGGGCAGUUUCUAGCGUUUAAUGAGAGUGCUUUUUCUGGUAAUCCUGAUCUUUGUGGUCCUUCGAAACAUGCUUCUUGUAACUCAAAUGUUAAUACUAAACAAGGUAUGGGCAAAAUGCAUUCUAUGAGUCCGGUGCAAAUCUCCAGUGUUGUAGCAGUAAUAUUGUUCAUGCUGCUAUGCCUCGGCGGGUAUUUGAUUGUCAGGUACUUGAGGAAGAAACAAAACUCGAAGAAGUGGAAGCUUACUUUGUUUCAGAAACUCGAUUUUACGGUGGAAGAAGUUCUUGAAUGCUUGAAAGAUGAGAACAUUAUAGGCAAAGGAGGUGCAGGUAUUGUUUAUCAUGGAUCAAUGUCGUCUGGUAAUGUUGAUGUUGCUAUUAAGAGACUAGUUGGAAGAUGUAACGGAGGAUAUGAUUUAGGAUUCUCAGCUGAAAUACAAACACUUGGUAGUAUUCGGCAUAGAUAUAUUGUGAAGUUACUGGGUUACGUCUCGAACAAGGACACGAAUUUGUUGCUAUAUGAGUACAUGCCAAAUGGGAGCUUAGGUGAGUUACUGCACGGUUCAAAAGGUUCACAUUUUCAAUGGGAAACGAGAUAUAGAGUUGCUGUUGAAGCUGCUAAGGGACUUUGUUAUCUUCAUCAUGAUUGUUCGCCUUUGAUUAUUCAUAGAGAUGUUAAGUCGAAUAACAUCUUACUCGAUUCUGAUUAUGAAGCUCAUGUUGCUGAUUUUGGUCUUGCCAAAUUCUUGACUGAUGCUGGUGCUUCUGAAUGCAUGUCUUCAAUUGCUGGUUCUUACGGUUACAUUGCUCCAGAUAAAUGGAAGCUAUUGAAGAAUGAUGAUGAACGGAAUGACUUAACCCCCCUUGUGUCGCUGUCGACAGAGUAUGCAUACACAUUGAGGGUGGAUGAAAAGAGUGAUGUCUACAGCUUCGGAGUGGUGCUGCUGGAACUGGUAACUGGUAAAAAGCCAGUUGGUGAAUUUGGAGAAGGUGUUGACAUUGUUCGGUGGGUCAGAAAGACAGCAUCUGAGCUGUCCAAACCAUCUGACGAGGAAGUUGUAUUAGCAGUGGUGGAUCGCAGACUUGCGGAAUACCCAUUAACUGGUGUGGUGAACUUGUUUAAGGUGGCAAUGCUAUGUGUAGAAGAAUCAAGUUGUGAAAGACCUACAAUGAGGGAGGUUGUUCAUAUGAUUACAAAUCCUCCGUCUCCUCGUAAUCUCCUAGCUCAGUCAACUGCUUGACAUGAACAGGAUGAACUUACUUAAAUCAAACUAAUAUUAUGUAUAAGUAAUCAACUUAUGCUGCUUACAUAUGUUGUAUCUUUUGAUGGUGUGUUUCUAAGGGGUGUGAAAUCGUAGCCUAGAAUUUUGCUAUUACAACCCAUGAGAGGUGUUAUGGCUACUGUCUCUUCUAUUGUAUAUACCGAGACUUGUUGAGUUUGGAGUUGCAGCCUCCAAUUAUUAUGCUGGCUUGUUAAAUAACAUAUAUUCCGUGUA